AUGGCUCUGGCGGACCCUGAUCCGGACAAGAUUCUGCUAAACAUCGGCUGCAACAAGGGACACGACUCCAUCGCUUGGCUCCAGCUAUUCGAUCCGCAGAAGCAGUGGAGCUUGGAAAAGUGGAGUCAAGCGGUUCCCAAAGGCGUCUGCAAGCUGGACACACAGCUUCCGUCGCCGCCGUCUGCAUCGCAAAAAUCCCAGGGGCCCAUUGCAGUGUGUGUAGAGGCUGCACCGAACAACGCAAAACUGCUCAUGGAAAAGCGACGGCAGUUUGGGUACGACAGCCAGGGCGACCCAGGAUCUGGGUCUUUUCAAGUGAUCCACGCUGCUGCGGCGGAUGAAGCGGCACCUGGAGAGACGAUCGGCUUUCCAGACGCCCCGGAGGGAAAUGAGCGGGCUGGUUUGGCUUUCAAGAAAGACUGGGGGCUCGUGCAGGUGCCCAAGGAAACUGUGGACACUCUGGUGGAAAAGCUGAAGCUGCCGAGGGUGGAUGCCAUGCUGGUGGAUACUGAAGGGGCAGAUCCUGCAGUUCUUCGAGGAUCAAGGAAGACUUUGAAGACCGUCCGCUACUUGCUCUUUGAGGUCCACCGUGAUAUCGAAGGCUCACACUGGGCAAAGGAGACGCUUCUGUCUGUGAUUGAGAUGUUGGAUGCCAUGGGAUUCGACUGUUAUUGGGCUGGCAAGGGCGGGUCAGUCUCGAGCGUGACCCAGUGCUACGAGUCGAAGUUCGAAAAAGCUGGCUGGGCCAACGUAGUCUGCGCAAAGCGCGGAGACGUUUGGUGGACCAUCCUCGAAAAGCGAGAUCCAAAUUCGAGCUGA